AUGUCCUCAGCCGAUGCCCCACCCACUCACUCUUUCCAAUCUCCAACGCAUCUCUUACCCCUCACAGGGAACAUAGCCAACGCAGACGUUGACUAUACGCAGGUGCUGCAUGACACAGGAGGUGAUGUGCUGAUGGGUGAUGUGACUGCCGAUGACUUUGAUGACGCUGACUUGAUGGCUGAGUUUGCCGCCAUUGGAGGCGAUCCAGAGGAGCUGAAG